CAGUCGCAGUCAUGGCUCAGAGUCGAGCAGUAGUGUCAGGUCAAUGGCUGGCGGACGCCGUCAGAAAUAAACUCCUGGGUCCCAAACUUCGCCUUCUCGAUGCGUCUUGGUACCUGCCGAAAACGAAACGAGUCGCCAAAGAUGAAUUUGCCCAGAAGCACGUACCGGGCGCGUCGUUUUUCGACAUUGACGAGUGCAGCGACAAGAGCUCUGCCUUCGACCACAUGCUGCCAACUUCCCGCGAGUUCUCCGAGUACGUCGGAAAUCUCGGUGUCGGGAACGACACGCAUGUCGUCGUGUACGACACCAGCGACUUCGGGUCGUUCAGCGCCCCCCGCGUGUGGUUUAUGUUCCGGCUGUUCGGACACGACCUGGUCUCGGUGCUGGACGGAGGUAUGAAGAACUGGGUGGCCGACGGUCACCCGCUCACAUCGGAGCACCGUCAACCGGAGCGCAGAGAAUUCCGAGCGUCCCUGAAUGCGGCAUGGGUGAAGAGUUAUGAAGAAGUUCUGCAGAACGUGAAGAGCAGGCAGGUCCAGGUGGUGGACGCCAGGUCUGCAGGGAGGUUCAGGGGGACGGAGCCGGAGCCCAGGGAUGAUGUUCUCCCUGGACAUUUCCCCGGAGCGAUCAACAUGCCGUUCACGUCUUUCCUGGACGCAUCAGGAAAGCAUCACAGACCUGAGAAGCUGGCGGAGCUUUUCCGGGAGGCGGGGGUGGACCUGGACCGGCCGGUGUGGGCCACCUGUGGCUCUGGUGUCACGGCGUGUCACGUGACGCUGGCUGCUCACAGGCUCGGCCACCCCGGGGUCUGUGUUUACGACGGCUCCUGGAGUGAAUGGUUCAAAAAGGCGGGUCCAGAGAACAUCAUAUCAGAGGGCGAGGGGAAGAAGUGAGCGGGAAGAAUAAUUGAUAAACAAGGUGAUAACCUUGAUGAUAAAGUAAGGUGGGUUUUUUUUUGCUGUCCAAAAAAAAAGACCAUACUGGUCUAAUAGUUUCAAGGGAACAGGUAGACAGACACUGCACUCAGUGUAUACUGACCUGAAGAGAGUCGUGAAUUACAGAAACCCACCAUCAGCCUUUUAAAGCACUUAUCUCCAUUAUGCAUACAGUAUAUCCCCACCUGCCUUCAUACAGUAUUCUUACAGUAUACAGUACUUCAUACAGUAUUACGAUAGGUUGCGUUUUCAUGAUGCAUUUGCACAAGUGGCCACAUCUUUUUCAACUAUCAAGUUUACUCUGAUGUGUACAUUACAGUAAUAUAUAUUAAUAUACAUCUAUUAAAAAUCUUGCAUGAACACUGUUGUUCGUUUUUUUUUAUUGAUCUUUUUAGAAAAAAAACAACAUAUAAUGAUAACAUGGAUACAUAUAAACAAUGUUUUUCUAAAUGCAAACAUUGAGGAAAAAGCUGGCACUGGGGUAAACCAGUUUAGUCCUUUGUGUGAUUUCUAGAGCAAAGUUCAUGUACGUUGGGUCUGUUACACCAGGGUGACUGCACACAGACAUGGAUGCACAGCAUUUAAUUCCUAACGAUUUAACUCUAAUGGAUAAACAAAUGUCAUGUGUUACGAAUUGCUCAGAAAAUGACCUGCAUUGUGUGAUUGUAUUCCAAGGAGCAUUAGACUGGUUUGUUCUCAACAUCAAUCAUGUUUGAGUGAUGAGUUGUUGUUACUCAGAUCUGGACUUGACAUUUACGGGGGAAGGCAGAUCAGAUUAAAAUAAAAGAGAACUUGGCCAAAUGAAAGAAUACAACUACUUUUGAAGAAGCUGAGUUGCAGUAUUUCAGACUAAUCAAGAUUUUCUGAUCACUAUAGCUGCUUGAACACAGUUUCUAGUGAGUGAAUCCUUUAUAUGCUGUAAAAAACAGCUCAUCAACUUCAUCACUACAUGAGCAAAUAAAUACUUACAUCUUU